AGCUAAAGUCUGUAUAAACGGAAAACACUUUCUGAUCUCCUUUUAUUGUUAUUCCUCUUCUUAUUUCUUCCUUAAUCUGUAGUCCACAUAUUCUGUUUAUAAGAUCUGCUUUCUCCAUAUAUAAAUAUUAGCUCUGAGAACUUCUUUACUUUUCACUUACCCUAAAAACCCAUUUAUUCCCUUUUCACCAAUCUUCUAUAAACGAUCUUCUCAACAAUCCAAUAUUCUUCUUGUGCAUCUUCUCCUUCGUUGCUUUGAUCUUUUGUUUUUGGACAGUUUUUAUAGCCUUACUUCACAAAUAAAGAAAGGAGUUGAGGGUUAGUUUAACUUUAGGUUUCUAUAGCUAGGAACUUUGUUUUAUUAUGUCGGAUAUUAUUGUUUGAUAAUUCAUAAAGAAAGAAGCAGAUGUGCAGCAGGGGCCAUUGGAGGCCUCACGAAGACCAGAAGCUUCGGGAGUUAGUGGAAAAAUAUGGACCUCAUAAUUGGAAUGCUAUAGCAGAAAAGCUUCAAGGAAGAUCUGGGAAGAGUUGUAGGCUGAGAUGGUUCAAUCAAUUGGAUCCAAGAAUCAAUAGAAACCCUUUCACAGAGGAGGAAGAAGAAAGGCUUCUUUCUGCUCAUCGGAUUCAUGGCAAUCGAUGGGCAAUAAUAGCGCGUCUUUUCCCUGGUCGGACUGAUAACGCUGUCAAAAACCAUUGGCACGUUAUUAUGGCACGAAAAUGCAGAGAACGGUCCAAGAUUUAUGCAAGGAGAGCUAUCGCUGCUGCUACUACUGCUGCUCAUAAAAAAUCAACGAGCAAUGAGCAAGAAUCGUCGUCGUCAAGGCAGCAAGAUAAUUAUAUGCAAAUGAGUAAUGAGAUAAUGAUAACACGGUGCUUCAACUCUUUGACGUACAAUUAUUCCUUUUACCCGAAGCUGCUUCACAAUGACUAUCUUUUUCAUCAUGCAAAGAUGGAUCAAGUUUUAUGUACAGAUGAAAACCAACCAACGGAGUUCUAUGACUUUCUACAAGUGAAUACCGAAUCUAACAAGAGUGAAGUGAUAGACCAUGCGUCUAGAAUAAGAGAUGAUGAGGAAGUUGAACAGGAAGCUGUUGAUCUUCAUCAGAACGCACAGUUCAUAGAUUUCUUAUCAGUUGGAGACUCAGCAUAAACUCGUAUAUAUCAAGAAAAAUCCUAUCAAUUCAAUCUAUCUAUAGUUUAGAAUAUGUGUAUAACGCCCUUUACUGUGAAAUCCAAGAGAUUUCUGCAUGGAUGAAGUUCCAGAAUAUUCCAAUAUAAUUGUAUUAGAAAAACAAAAGAUUAACUUUUAGAUCUAUAAUAAUGAUCUUGUUCAUGUAAUUCAAACAAUUGAGACGCUACCAGGUUAGUUGAA